AUGCGUCCCGGAAGUCGUCCAAGGAGAGAAGUGAAGCUCACUCAACGCCGGCGCGAGGCUGAGGAGGCUGGCCUUCUCAGAUCCGCCAAGGUCACCAAAGCCAAAGCAGCCAAAGCGACCAGAACGGCCAGAACGGCAAAAUCGGCGCCUAAGACGACUGGUAAUGAUGAAGAUGAUGACGAAAAUAAUGGUAAUACCGAGGAAGCAGAGCAGGUCUCUGCCCCUUCAGCCGCCGGUAGGGUUUUGAGGGUCAGAAAGCCACACCAGCAACUCAAGAGACGAGGAAAGCAGAGAGGACCACCACCGCGUAUUGAUGUCCCUCUGACUCGCGCUCAACGCCGCGCCAGGGAUACAUUGGCUAAUAUUUACUACGACAUCGAUAAAUAUGCCACCCGACCUACAACCCAAGACUUCACCGCCAACGAGAAAAGGGCUUCUCAGAAGGAGGCGGACGCCGUUCACACUGUUCUCCGUCAGGCGAGAAUGAUUCGCUCUCUUGAUCAGAUCUCCAUUGACAAGCAAGGGCUCGUCGUCAGCUUGCUCCAUGGUUUCGAAACAGCAGAUAAGCAUGUGGCAGCCGCUGUGGCGCUAGGGACUGCUGAUUGGUCUCUGGAUGCUGUCUUUCAGGGUAGGUUCAAGGAGUUCUUCGGUCUGCCUAGCCCCAAUCUUUCAAUUUUGAGUAUUUGUGCUCAUUCCAAGACCUUCAGAGAUGCCCUAUUCAGACAGGAUGCAGACAGUGUCGAGCAAAGGUUGCCAGCUUGGGGUGAUCUCCUUGGCUUGAUCCAAAAGAACACUUCAAGUCUUGAGCUCUUUGCCGAGGUCAGGGCUUUGCCGUGGGAGGCCGCCCUCGACCAAGCAAAUGACCAUUUCGCGUUGCUCCUCAAGCAUGUCUUCAUUGGUGCUCACAGCAUGACCAACGACGCCACUCCCAAUCGCGAUUCCAUUACGAGUGAGAAGAACUUUGGCAUCAAGCCUGAUGAUGAGAGCGUGGUUCACGUCAUCGACGGCGACAAGAGAAAUCAAGGUCUUUGGACAUUGCAAUUGAAUCCGACUCACAAAGCCACGAGGAACAACGCCACCGUGGUGGUCACGGAUGAGACGGUGGACGAAUUCAAAUCGAUUUUCAAGGACAAGCACCCGAAUUUGAGAUUCGAUGACGAGAUUGAUAUCAACCAAGAAGCCAUCGAGGAAUCGGUCGUCCUCGACGGCUACGAGGAAGCUUGGUCUGACUGGCUCCAACCGAUUGGAAAUCAACAGACUAUUGAACCUCGGUUUGACAACUCAAAGUGCAAAGUUUGUGGUAAGAAAGGUACUCAAAGGACAAAGAAACAGAGGAUCAGAGUAUGUACGUGUGAUUUCGUGGAUUUACGAGACCACCGUGGCUUGGGAAACGUGCUCUUCGAGUUGGUGGAGACCGGGGUCCUGGGGACUGGGGUUCGAGCCUUGCAGGAUAUCAGCAAGGGGGACCCAAUCGCCGAAUAUGUAGGAGAGAUUUAUCCACAAGUAGGGGAUCGAUACGGUUCUUCGAAAUAUGCAUAUAUUGCCGACAUUCCAGAAGACUCGGAUCCUACCCAAGAUGAAGCAAAAUAUAACAUCGAUUCCAUGCGAUCUGGAAACUGGACAAGAUACAUCAACCACAGUUGUAACUCCAAUACCAAGUUCGGGUAUAUCAAUCUCGGGCAUCUGCGAUGCGUCCAGGUCGGAGCCGAGAAGAACAUCAAGUUCGGUGAACAGUUGACGAUCGAUUAUGGUCAUCAAUACUUCCAAUGCUCACCCUUUGGCUGCAAAUGUGGGAUGGCAUGCUGUACGAAUUGGAUUGAGAAAGCAUUUCCGGACGCUCCCGAGAACAAGCUAACGUUGAGAGAUGCAAAAGCGAAAUUGAAGGCCCCAAUUUGGGCCAUGAAGGAUGACAAUGUACCCUACAAUAAUCCACUCCCAAAAGCAGAUAUUAAACUGCCCGAGGGCGUCACAAUGCCUGAGUACACAGAUACAGAGCCCGAGCUAGCAUCCAUUGCUGAAACGCCCGAGUGUCCAAAACUGAGAGCGAGCAAGAGAAGGCAGGCUGAAGAUGACGGACCUCGUCGGAGCAAGAGGCAACGUUGUUGA